CAUAGAACCCUAGCCAAACCCUGACGGUACAGCCAUUUGGAAAGCAUUUCCACAUUUGUACACUCACCUUAAUCUUAACUAUCUCAACGUUAAUCGACGAGGAAAGCCAUUCAAAAAUUAAUCUUCAGUAGAUUCGCAGGCUGGAAAUUCUGAAGAGAUCAUUAAUGGCGGCCUUGAAUUUCAGAUGCUGAAUUGAGAUUGAAAUGCCGAAGCACCAAUUUCGAUCACGGUUUGUCCUCUUAAGGUAUGUAGCUUCACCAUUUAUAUCUUAAAUUCAGAGUAUUCACAAAUUCAUCAUUAUAUUUGGCGGCGGGAAUGGCGAAAUUUUUAUCAGCUGGACAAAAAUGGCUUAUACACACUUCAUCCCAGAUCCCAGUUCGAAGCAACAACAGUGAAGCCAUGAAAAAACUAUGCAAAAUUCUCACAUAUUCCCCUCAAUCCGACAUCGAGAAAAACCUACGCAGGUCUAAAGUAAAACUUUCGCCAAAUUUAGUGGAAAAUGUACUAGAGAAAUUUGGAAAUGCAGGAAUGGUGGCCUACAAGUUCUUCGAUUGGGCUGGCAGACAGGAGGGUUACACGCACAGCCUGGAGGCAUAUCAUUCCAUGAUUAAUUCACUGGGUAAAAUAAGACAAUAUGGGCUAAUGUGGACGCUGGUCAAGCUUAUGAAGAGCAAGGGGAUUUUAACGAAGGAAACGUUUUGUAUUAUUAUACGGAGGUAUACCAGGGUAAAGAAGCUUGACGAAGCAGUUUAUGCUUUUCACCUCAUGGACAAAUUUGGGGUGACGCCAGAUUCGGAGGCUUUUAACAGUCUUCUCAGUGCUCUGUGCAAGUGUAAGAAUGUGAGAAAGGCUCAGGAGCUUUUUGACUACAUGAAGGCGAGAUUUGUGCCGGAUUUAAAGACUUAUAGUAUACUGUUGGAAGGGUGGGGCAAAGAACCCAAUUUGCCUAGAGCUAGGGAUCUUUUUAGGGAAAUGAGGGAAAAAGGCUGUGAACCUGAUGUAGUGGCUUAUUCUAUACUUAUGAAUGCUCUUUGCAAGGGGGGUAAAAUGGAGGAGGCUGUUGGGCUGUUGGAUACGAUGAGGAAUAGCGGUUGCAAACCAAACCCUCAUAUCUACAGUAUUUUGAUUCAUAAUCAUGGUGCUGAGAAGCGUGUCGAUGAAGCUUUGGCUAUCUUUAGUGAGAUGAAAAGGAAUGAGUCUGCCCCUGAAACACCUACUUACAACGCAUUAAUUGGUGCCUUUUGCAAUGUUGGUAAAUUGGGUGAGGCUUACAAGGUUUUGGAUGAGAUGGAACAGGAAGGAGUUUGUCCGAAUGCUAGGACCUAUAAUGUUAUUUUGCAUUACCUCAUACAGCAGGAGAACACAGAGGAGGCUUACCAGCUCUUUCGCAGGAUGGUGAAGAGGGGAGACUGCGAUCCAGAUACGGAUACGUAUAAUAUAAUGUUAAAGAUGUUCUUUGGGCAGGAUAAGGUAGACAUGGCUUUGAAGGUGUGGAAGUUUAUGGGCCGAAAGCAGGUGUGUCCCAGUAUGCAUACAUUCGCCUUGUUUAUAAAUGGGCUGUGUGAUCAUGGCAAUAUAAAUGAUGCUUGCUCUUAUUUUGAUGAGAUGAUGGGGAAGGGGAUAUGUCCUUCAAUGUCAACCUAUAGGAGAUUAAGGAUUGGACUUUUGAAAGCAGGCAGAGAGGAUAUACUUGAAGAUCUUUCGGAAAAGAUGAAAGAGCUUACUGAGGGUCCUCCUGAAGAUUAAACGAAAUGAAAAAAUAAUUUUGAACAUCUCCCAGAUAUCUUUCAAGAGCUCUGUAACCACAAAAUUAUUUAUACAAUUCGACCCUUACUGUUUACAGAUUAUCUUGUUUAACUUCUGAGUAAUCUAAAAUCAUAUUUUAAGGUUCUGAGAGCAUCCUCAAUGUAACUACCUCACUUAAUGAAAGGCAAACUAAGCAGAUUGUGUAAACUGUUCUUAUCACUUUGCUUAAUUAGGCAUUGCAUGCGUUUCAGUCUUGACA